UCUGUAAAAAUUGAUCACAACCUCACAACCUGAGUUUUAUAAUGACAACAGCGUAAAUCGAUUGUUUCUGAUGAUUGGCUGUUUAUUCCAAAUUAAUAAUAUCAAUUAAAAUUUGAUCAUUUACUGUGUGAUUGAUUAAGAUAAAGGAAGUUUGAAAAUGUAACAUUUAUCGAGCAACAGUUGAAAAAGUCUUGCUAAAAAAAGUGACAACAAAUUGAAUGAAAAUUGAGGUUAAUCAAAGAAAGUAAAUAACAUAAUAAGUUAAUCAUUGAUCAAUCACUGGGCGAGUAAAUCUUUUUUUUUUCGGAAGUAUUCAACAAGAAUUUAAUUUAGACCUGAAAAAAUUAAAUUUUUAAAUGGUUUGUUCAAUCGAUCUCAUUGUUUUUUUUACAAAGCAAUGCAGAUUCAAUACUAAACAUGUUACUGUAACUUGAUACAAUCUCAAUCGAGAAUCAAAGUUUACGAUUUAGUAUAUAAGUGAAUUGAUUUUACGACAAAAGAUCAGAUCAUCGAGUGAUUUCAAAGUGUAAACAACAAAUAACAAACGGAAUAGCUUGAGUAUAUAAAUAUAUUCAUUACAAGUGUACCGCAAGUUGAUUGCACACUAACAACAUGAGGACCUUUACUUUAGUUUGCUCCUUGAUCCUUUUCACUAGUCAAGCUUGGUGUGAUCCUAUUGGAGCCUAUGUUAAUGACAUUAGUCCUGAGUUCGAUUCUUCCAAUGGGUUGAUUAAAUUAUCCCCCAUUCAACAAGCAAUUCAACCUGUUCCCUCCGCUGGUUGGGGCGAUCAUCAUGGCUGCAAGAAAGAAGAAGAAGUUCAUCACCACCAUCAUCACCACCACCAUUCAAAGCAGGUCGCUGAGCACCAUCAUCACCAUGGACAUAAACACGGUCACGAUCAUGGACACAAACACGGACAUGAUCAUGGACACAAGCAUGAAGCUUGGCAUCAUCACGGCCAUAAACAUGGCCACCAUCAUGGACAUAAGCACGGACACGAUCACCAUCAUGGACACAAACAUGGCCAUGGUCAUCAUCAUGGACAUAAACACGGUCAUGAUCAUAAACAUGGACACGGACACAAACACGAUCACUGGCAUGGUCACAAACACGGUCAUGGACACAAACACGACCACGGACACAAGCAUGAUCACUGGCAUGGACAUGGCCACAAACAUGGGCACAAACACGACAACUGGCAUCAUCAUGGGCACAAGCACGGUCACGACCACAAACAUGGUCACAAACAUGAACAUGGACAUAAACACGAACACGGCUGGCACGGACAUCAUGGACACCAUGGUCAUGGUUGGGGCCACAAAUAAGAGCAAGAAAGUGAUAUUAGUCAAUCAAAUUCAUAAUUCACUUUUCACUGAUUUGGUCAACAAUUGGAAGCUAAAUUAUUUCCUCAUAACAAUAUUUUUCAUUCACAAUCAACUUGAAAAAUACUCAAAGAGCCAAAAUUGUAAUUAACAUUCUCUGUACCUAUUUUCAUCUAAAUCAGACUUUUGUAUAAUGUCAUCUUUCCUUUUCCUAUUGAUAUGUAUAUAUUGUACAUAUAACUUGGUGUCAUUAGCUAGGGGUUGAACAAUUUAAUAAAUAAUAUAUUUGCACAUUUAAA